UUUCUUAAAUUAUUAAUCUCUAUAAUCUUGAAAAUAACAACUUAACAGAAUGAAUUCAAAAACCUUGACUUAGCCAAAGAGAUGCCAGAAUGAAUCCAAGUCAUGUACAUACACAAAUUUGGUUCAACAACUUCCAACAACCAAAAUUGACAAAUAAAAUUAAAAUUAUCAUCAUGCACAAAAAAAUUAUUUAAAUAAUAUUUCGCGUGUUCAUUAGUAGAAACAUAUAUUUAAUUUAAACACCAAAUUAUGAUUAGUCCUCCAACAGGGCCAGCUAAUUCUAAUUAAUUAAUUAAGUAAUUUAACAGCCCUUCACCAAAGCAAUAAAAGCCUCUAUGCACUUAGCUAUUUCAAUGGCUGCCAAAUAUACUCUCAAUGAGUGGAAGAAUCUAUGUAGUAAUCUUGUUCUUCUGGGCUCUCCUAACAGUUAUAACUCCGAUGCUCGUUCGAUUAUCGGAUUCUGCUAAUCUUUACAGGAGAUUUGACGGUGACGAAAGAAGGGAAGGGGUGCAGUUGUUAUUUCCGAGAAGGGUACUUAUUGCAGCAACUGUUUCACCGGCAGCGCCAGCUCCGGCUCCGGCUCCGGUGGCAUCUCUGGCGGAGAAGAUGUAUUUUCCGGUGAGUUCGGCCGGAACUAUGUUCGAUCGGAAUUGAGUUGUGAAUUGUGAAGAGGAAUAGAAUAAUGAUUUAACUGUUAGAUUUUAUGAUCGAGCCGAGUGUUUGAGAAGUUGUAAAGUAAGCAUGAUUGAAAAGUAGUAGAACCUCGAUAACGUAUUAAAUUAUUAGUUCGAUAAUUUAAUAUUCGCUAAAUUAAUAAAAUUUUGUUAGUACCGACUGUGCUAUUUUAAAGA